CAGACUAUCCGGGUCACGGGUUCUGCUGUCAUAUGAUACAAUGAAGAUGGCUUCUUCCAAGAUGUACUUAACUGCUGUUCUAGCUGUAAUUUUAGGAACUAUAUUCUCAACUAAUGCACAUUCUCAUGUGCCCGUAUUAUUAUGGGAAUCAUCAAGUGUCGGUGCAAAUGGUGCAACUCCUGCUGCUUUGUCUGCCAUGGAAGUGGAUGAGUUCCUUGAUGUUUUGAUGCGGCGGCUGGAUCGGAAUAGUCCUGUGGUGGCUCUGUUUGCUGAAGACUCGCUGAGUGUAGAAGAUUUUAGCAGACAAAGCUCCGAAGCUCAAUCCACCUUUCCUGCACUGCAGUCCAUCAAGGGUGGCAAUAGCCUGGAGUUCUUCCCUUCUGUUCAAUCUCCUAUGAAGGCACUCAACAGGCUCUCCAAGCUGGGCUACAAGUGGGAGGAAGUUUCUGGGGAAGUUCUACCUGAGGCUGACAAGAAAAUUUUACUUUUCAAUUUGGGUGGCCUGAAGGGAGGUGAAGAUCGUUCUCAAAUGCUGCUUCGACAUGACAAGACCGUCGCUUCAUUGUUCAAGCAAAUGGUUGAGAAGUAUUCAGAUGUCUUGGCUGUCUACACUGGUCGACAUGCAUCCUGGACUGCUCCAGAGUCAAGGAGAGUGAGGCGCGAUGCUGAGCCAACUACAACAACUGGCUGCAAUACCGUCAUAAAGUCUACUGGUAACUCCUCUCAAAUCAUGCUCUACACAUCAGAGUGCCCUGUGCUCACAAUCAAUGGCACAAACUUCAAUCUCAGCUCAGGAGAAGCUGUUGGACCUCCAGAUACCAGGAAGAGCCUCAUCAGGAUGGUUGCUAGGUACAAGGUGGACACAUCCUCUGAUAAGGCAACUCUUCGCUUCAGAUUCAACUUCACAGACUCUGGUUAUUGGCAGUUGAUUCAGGCUGAAUAUGAAGAUUCUCGCAAUCAAAAGCAUUUACUUGAACCCACAACUGUAAUCAAGGCUCCAAUUAACUUUUCAUACAGCUGUGGAAGUACAGCCACUUUCCAAUCUGCUGAUAAAUCAGUCUCUCUUAAGUUAAAGAACAUUAAGGUCCAACCUUUAAUGGGUUCAACCAGAGCUGACUUUGCUGCUUCAGAGGAUUGUGUUCCAUUCUUCACCAUACCAAUCUGGUCUGGGUUGUUUGUUACUUUCCUUCUUCUAUUCAUUGUUGCUUGGGGUAUAGAUAUGAUGAUGAACAUCCACACUAUGGAUCGUUUUGAUGACCCCAAAGGAAAGCCUCUUGUUUUCAAUGCCCAGGAAUAAUGAAAAAUGUCAUGUUAGGUAUUUGUAUCAUGAUGGCAAUGUCCUUUUCAGAAAAAGAAAAUUGAAAAGGAGAUUAGCAUGUGCGACAUAUUUUAAAUUGUUUUAUUAAAUGCAUUAGCAAGUCUUAAAAUUAUAGGUUGAAAAGAAUAAAUGAAAAGCUGUUGCACCUCUAUUUAGUUGGGCACAACAUAAAAUUAAAAUGGUGCCAAGAAAACUAGUUAACUUCUACGCAGUCUGAGUCUUUCGUUUCUGUACAGUACAUUCCAACUUAUUUUGUCCUUAAAUCUAGUCCAAAAUGAUGUAAAGAAACUUCACAGCUCCAAAGAGUUAGUGCUGAGCAUGUGUGUGUACCCAAUAAAAUUUUAAGGACCCCCCUCCCCCCUCCAAAAAUAAGACCAGUAGAGCAAAAAAAGGGAAAACCCAGCCAUUGUAUGUCUACGGUCUUUGAAAGCGUCAGACUCAUGUGUUUUUAAUUAUUUUGACAUUUUGUUCUGUCACCUUUGAAUAUUGUCCCGUAGUUAUGUUGGUUUUAGUAUGUCAAUCCCUCUGGCUUAUUCCCAACAUUGUAGGCAGUAGCAAAUAAAUCUUACCCCAAAUAUUAUCUGAUAGACAGCAGCUACUUAGCAAUGAGUCAUGAGAAAGAAAACGUAGCAUUCGUGUUGAAAUCUUAUAAUUCAAGAUAAUUUGGUGCUGUCAUAUGUGUAAAUACUGAAAAUGUGUUUGGACAUUUUUGGUUUCAUUGAAGGAUGUUUCGUUUCAAAGUCACAAGGUUAAAUAUUUCUUUAUCUUACAGUAACAUUUUGAAUGCACAAUCAAUUUCUAUCUUGCACAUAUCAAAGCUUUCUUAUGGUGCUGAUACAUGUAUAGAUUCAUCUUUUGUUGUACAUACCUUAUAUUCUGUGAGUCUUCUUAAAUUGAUUCAAGGCUGGCUCAUUUCUCGAGUGUGUGUGUGUACAUUUGGUUGAGACUUUGACAACCUAAGGCUUUUUCAGUUUUCCAGCUGGAGUUUGAAUGUAUACUGUGUCCCUUGUACAAGGUAAAGCCCUACAUCAGAAUUGAUGCAGAGCUUAAGUACAUGGUUGAUUUAAAACACUAUGACAGUGUAGUCAGCAGUUAUCGGUUUUAGGUAAUUUUCUAUUUCAUGUAAAAUUUUGCUCAAAUCAGAUGGCGCUAGCUGCAUUUAGGGCUGAGGAAGAAAGUAAACGACCGUAUUUCAUGAUUCUCUAAAGGACAUUCUUACUUAUAUGCAGCUAGUGUCCACCAAAUGCACCACGCACUUUUCCAUAUAUUGAUGAGGCUGCCAGUGAGGGUAAAUAGCCUGUGUAGUUAUUGUCAACUUGCUCUAUCACACUUGGCUUCACUGCUUUUUCCCUUAAGAUAUCAUUGUGAUUUUUGAGUGUCAUUAUGCUGUCAUGAUGUGUUAUUUACAUUUCUAAUGUCUUCUUGUAUCUAUAUUUUUAUGAAUGUUUUCAAUUGUUUAAAUCUCCAUCUAUUUUGAUACAUGAGUGCAGAUAUUUCACUUUCUGUCCUUUUUCAUAUAUCAGAGGCUUUUUUUUUUCAUGUUUGAUUUUGAUUACUGUUACAUGUUUAGGACUCUAUCCUGUAGAAUUGAAUUUAAUGUUAUUUAUUUAUUAGUUUUUCCACAGUUACCUACAUUUUUGAAUAUGACUACUGUGUCCACCUGCCUUUCAAUUUCUCUGAAAAUAACUUUUUUGGAAUUGAUUGAAUUGACAUAUCAAAUCUUUGAGACAUAUCAUGAUUAGGGUUGCAAUUAUACUUCCCACAAUUGAUGGAAGUGAAAUGUAUUUUUGAUGGUUUGUUUUAUUGAUGUGUUGUCCAUUAUUUUAGUAAAUUUGUUCCUCUUAACUUACUUAUGGUGUGAAUGAAUAUUGACUCUCCUUUACAGGGCAAAGUGCAAUGGAGUAUGGGACAAAACCUAAAAAAUCCCAAUAGCAACAUCUGUUUUUCAUUCUGUUCAGCAAGGAAGUGUUUAUGAA